GGCGAUUCACCGUUGAGUGAUAACGGUAUAAAGUAUGCGAAAGCACUACUGGAUUUUUUCAAGAACGAACACGUCGACGAUCUGAGAAUUUGGAGUUCACAAAAGGUUAGGGCAGCGCAAACUGCGAAAGAACUGGCACCAUUGGCUGCACAUAUUGAAUACUGGAAAGCGUUAGAUGAAAUUGAUGCGGGUGUUUGUGAGGGUCUAACUUAUGAAGAUAUUGAGCAAAGGUAUCCAAGUCAGGCUCAAGAUCGUGUUCGUGAUAAGUAUCAUUUUCGAUUUCCAUCCGGUGAAAGUUAUGAGGAUGUUGUGGCAAGACUUGAACCGGUCAUAAUGGAGUUAGAAAGACAAACCAAUGUUUUGCUUGUAUCACAUCAAGCGGAUGUCGUGGCAAGACUUGAACCGGUCAUAAUGGAGUUGGAAAGACAAACCAAUGUUUUGCUUGUAUCACAUCAAGCGGUGCUGCGCUGUAUUUUGGCCUAUUUCGAUGAACGUCCACUGGAUUUGCUACCGUUUUUGAAUAUGCCUCUUCAUACUCUCAUCAAACUAACCCCAAUUGCAUACGGUUGUGAAACAACUUAUUAUCAGUUUGUUACGGAUGAAAGUGAUGAGAACCAAGGAAGGGUGAGUGCUUUCCAAAAUCUUUCUACACAUUAA